CGAGUCCGGUCAAGAAUGGACAAAAAGUUCAGGUGUACGUCGAACUCWCUCUCCAGAAGCAAGCGAACUCUGUUAUUGUCGAUCAUCAUUUUCAUAUGCUAUUUUUCUUACUUGGCUCUUUUCUGUAUCAUUCCUCAGGCUUCAAAGAACACGCGUGACAAAGGAUAUCAAGAUGCCCGAUCCUAUUCCUGUCGAAGGCCAAGAGGCAGCCCUGGAACUUAUGCAAACCGGGCGUCUCUACAGAUAUAACACUGGCCCUGGCGAAGAAUCGGCUGUUUCCAUUUGCGAGAAAGAAAUCUGUGACUACACUGGCUUCAAGUACUGUGUUGGACUCAACUCGUGUGGAUCCGCAUUGAUGUUGUUGCUGAAGACGACUGGUCUGAAGCCUGGUGGCAAAGUUUUGUCGAAUGCUUUCACAUUUGGAGCGGUUCCAUCUGCCAUUGAGCAUGCGAAUGGAAAGGCUGUGUACGUCGAGUCCAACAAGGACCACGUCAUGGACGUUGCGGACUUGGAAUUGAAAUUAAAGGAAAAUCCCGACUGCGGCCACGUUUUGAUUUCUCACAUGCGAGGAAAGCUAGCCGAUAUGGAUGCCGUAAAGGAUCUUUGCGACAAGUACGAUGCCAUUUUGCUAGAAGAUGCUGCCCAUUCGUUGGGAGUAUUUUGGCAGGGUGAACACUCUGGCCACAAGGGGGUGGCAUGUGCCAUUAGUAGUCAGAGUUAUAAAAUGAUUAACUCCGGUGAGGGUGGAUUUUUGUUGACGGAUGAUCCUAGUAUUGCUGCCCAAACCGCCACUAUCGCGGGUGCCUAUGAAGGACUUUCGGUAAAGCACACUACAGUCCCACCUCCCGAGGCUUUCAAGGGAUUGUCCGUCAAACACCCCAAUUAUUCGAUCCGAAUGAGCAACUUGGCAGCUGCUGUUAUUCGCCCCCAAGUCGGCACUCUGGAAGAACGUAUCGAAAAGUACAACAGGCGGUACUACAUGGUUGUAGAUAAACUCGAAUCCAGCAGUGUAGGAAAACAUUUGUACGUUCCGAAAUUGACCCCCGGAGUCACCAGAAUGGUACAUGAUUCCAUUCAAUUCAACUUGGGAGAAAUCUUUACCGAGGAAAUGACGCAAGACUUUAUCGACGAAUGUGGUUCCCAUGGUCUUCCCGUGGAACUGUUCGGRCACAAGUCGAACGCAAGAAAUUUUGUGAACUGGGGAUUCGCUCCAGCUGAAGACCCUUUGCCKCAAACCGCAGAAAUGUUGUCGCGUGCUUGCGACUGCCGAAUGCCCUUGAUGUGGGAAGACGAAGACUUUAAUGRUUUGGCCAAUGUGAUCAUCGAAAGUCUCGAGGCAGUACUUGCAAAGAAUAAAAUGGACGCGAUAUAAAMAGCUGAAAUAAAGUCGCCAUCCUUCUUCCAAAUACCCAAAAUAUCGGACCCAAAGUUCGUGAUGACACUUGUGGCUCAUCGACUGCAUGUGCAAUAAGACUACAACCUCACA